UUUGUGUGUGUGCAUGCAUGGCAUGGAAUGACUUGUGAGUCUAUGUCAUUGCUAUCUAGUGCUUGUGUGUGUGUUUGAAUGGUGUCUCACAAUGUGGUGUGUGUCGGUCAAGACAUUAGUGAGUUUUUACAACUCGAAUGUCAAGUCGUCGUUUGCGUGUCGCAUGUGUUUUUCUAUUUUGUCGAGUGUGAAGUGUCCAUCGCGUCGCAGGUGUGCGCAGCAAGCCCCCAUCAACUCAAGAAGAAUUUAUCUUGAAGAACCAAGACCAAGAGCUCAAGAUUUCAAGCCCAAGGGACGCGGAUAAAUAUUAAAUAGUGAAAAUAGUAACGCUACUUUGUGUAGUGUUACAUUUCACUUAGUGUAGCCCCUUGGAGGGUUUGUUUUGUGACUCUUCGUGGUUGGGGACUCUGUGGUGGUGUACCACCAACCUGGACCUCGGCUCUUGGGGUAUGUAGAGGCUGGGAACCAUCUCCCUCUCGAAUUCUUCUUCCUAAGUUUUUGUACUCCUAAGACCAUAGUGGCUGCUGUACCUCCUGCCAGUCAAACCACCAUAGCGUCGUCAAAUCUUCAUGGAAUUUUAUGAUUCAACUUGCUGCUGAUAGGCGACACCAACGCGCUCCAGAUCCAAUUUACAGAUCACCGUUUGAGGCACACAUCAGAUCGGCAUCAAUAUUUGAAUCUGGCUGACGGAAUUCUGACUGUGCACAAUUUUCUCUCAUUUUAGGCACAUCUGAGCCUAUUGUGAUUAUAACAAGUGGUAUCAGAGCCCCUUGGAGCUGUCUCGACCAUGCCUAGACCUGAGGAAGGGGGUGGCAGAGCUGCUGGAGGCAGAGAAGACGCCCAAGCACAAGGUCAACACCAAGAUCCACCCAUGGCUCCCGUGCAACCUAGCCUUGGACCCUCUAGGGAUGAGCCUAGAGUGUUUGGCCUUGACAAGUUCAACGGUGACAACUUUGCUGAGUGGUCCUUCAAGAUGGAGAACAUCUUUGACCACUAUGAUCUGCUAGAGGUGAUGGAAGGAACGGAGAAGCGCCCCGAGAACGACCCGGAGAAGAGCCCGUGGGUGCGGAAGAGCGCACAAGGCUACCUUCUACUUGGGCAAGCGUUGGGGAGCAGCCAAAUCCGUCACAUCAAGCCUCUUCAGCGUGAACCAGCAAAGGGACCAAAGGCAUGGGCUGCUCUCAAGGGUGUACACGCUCCUGCAACAGCGGCGGUGGCUGUGGUUUUGGAGCGGCAAAUGGCGGCCCUUCGAAUUGACGAAGGCGAACCGGUGGAGGACGGAGUGCAGAAAUUCUUCGACUUGUUGACACGGCUUGAAGGAGCUGACCUGAACUACAGUGACCUUCAAAAGAAGACCAAGCUGCUGGCCUUGCUUCCGGACUCAUGGUCCUCGCUCAUCAUCAACCUAAAUCGAGAUCUGCCCCGCCUCUCGCUCGAAGAUGUGAAGCGGGAAAUCUUACAAGAAGAUUUCCGCCGUCGUGAAUUGGCGGGUACCGAUGGUGCCGGAGUUGCAAGCAUGGGCCGUGGGCACGGCCGUGGAAGGGGCAGAGGGCGAGGAGGAAGAUUUGGCAGCAGCAACUUCAAUGGAGGCCGUGGUAAUGGAGGAUAUGGCAGCAACAACAAUAACAAUGGCUACGGGCGUGGGCGCGGUCGAUUUGAUGGCGAAUGCCACUUUUGCCACAAGACCGGCCACAUGUGGAGAGAUUGCUACAGAUUGCCGGAUGGAUGGACCCCUUCUCAAGGCCAAGAGGGCAGAGGAGCAAGGGGAGGAAGAGGCAGAGGUCGUGGAGGCCGUGGUUGUCGUGGAAGCGAAGCGGCAUGCAUGAAAGGUGGAGACUACGAGACGGGCCCGAGUGAAGAUCGAUACCCGGGCCAAUUCUUCUUUGUCUCCACGCAAGCGGCAGCUGCAGCAGGAGGUGUGGAAGGCAUUGAGGAGCCAGCUACUGUGGGAAAGGUCACCCUUCACUCUCUGGACUUUUGGGUGAUCGAUAGCGGCGCCACCUAUAGCA